AUGGACUCAAAAGAAAAACUGAGGUUGGCAUUCAUCGCUUUCUUUUCCUUUGCUAUUCAAUACUAUCUCUCAAGUACGAACAUCUCAAAAGCAUUGUCAAAAAGAAUUGAAAUUUCGACUCCUAUAUCCAACUUUCUGCGAGUACAAGAAGGGCUUUUCUUGUACCGUCGUGGACUCGAUCCAUACUCGGGAGGAAUAUAUUUUCAGUCCCCUUUACUUUUGUUUCUUCAUUUUAGCUGUGAAUUGCUAGGAGGACUUGAUGCAAUACGCAUGCUUUAUUCUUUCUUGACUGUAGCUAACGGUUGGUUUGUUUACAGUAUUUCAAAAAAGUUUCAAGAAAACAAGAAACAUAGAGAACUUUAUGCUGGAACUUCUUCUUUGUGGAUUUAUAUCAUUUAUUUACUGAAUCCACUUACGUUUCUUCCGACUAUUGCUUGUUCAAGCGACGUUGUUUUGAAUUUUUUUACGUUGGCUUUUAUAUAUUUUUCGAUUCAAGGCUUCCAAGUAGGAUAUGCCUGUGCAAGUGCCUUAAGUCUAUUUAUCAAUCCUAGUUCAAUUUCUCUCGUGUUCCCCAGCUACUUUAUCUUAAAGCGAAGUAACCCAAAAGUGUCCAUUUCCUGGAUUCUUCUUGUUUUUUUAUUUUACAUGUCUUGUCUAGUGUUCGGCUCUGCAAUUCUUUUAAAAUCAUGUAAUUUCUUGAUGGCUCCGCUUCAUGUGUAUAUGAACGCCCACGACCUCUCUCCUAACAUCGGACUUUGGUGGUAUUUUUUUACUGAAAUCUUUGAGGAGUUUCGAUUAUUUUUCCUGUUUGUUUUCGCUGUUGCUCCUGUCAUGUUCAUCAUACCAAUCACCAUUCGUUUGCAAAAGCUACCUUUGAUUGCAACUGUCUUAAUGAUGGGAAUACACGGUAUAUUUAAAAUUUACCCCUCGAUCGCUGAUUAUUCAUUAUUUUUGUCUCUUCUCGCUACCUUUGGGAAAGUUCAGGAAAAUAUGAAAUACAGUCUUUUGGCAAAUAACGUAAUUGUCUUUGCUCUCGUUUUAGGGACAACCUUCUACCAUUCUUGGAUUACUCUUGGUUGUGGAAACGCAAACUUUUUUUACGCUAGCAAUUUAAUCCUAGCGGUAGGAAUUUCCCUCAAAGCGAUGGAUUUCUUAAGAGCAGUGCUCAUGGUUGAAUGGAAAAGUGAGCAUCCAGAAAGGAGGAAUGAGUCUUUAGUACAAGUUCCAUAG